CGCGCUCCCCAUAGGUUUUGCUGUCGGCGCUCUACAAAAACACCUCGCGGGAGCCCUCCAGGGCAUUUCUAAACGGCUGCUGUGCUGUGACUUCGGACCACCGGAUGGGAGGACGGAAAGGGAAGAACAACCUGUCAACGCGGUUAGACAGCAGCGCAUGCAGAAUGCGGCAGUUGUGAUCGGCGCUUCUGUGCUUCGACAGCGCAUUGAGUUUCCGUCAUGGCCACCCGGUAUUUCCACCCUGCCGACUACUGCGUGCUUGUGGCCGUGCUGGGCGUUUCGUCGUUAAUAGGCGUGUACUUUGCCUGGAAGGACCGCCGCAGCACCAAUAAAAAGGACUUCUUCGGGGGAAGUAGGCAGCUACAGAUGUUUCCGGUUACAAUGUCCAUGACAGCCAGCAACAUGUCAGCGAUUGCCAUCUUGGGUGUACCUGCAGAGAAUUUUCUUUAUGGCUCCCAGUAUAUGGUCGUCUUCGUGGGUGUCGUCAUAGCUAGCCUUCUGGCAGCCCACGUGUUUGUACCCGUUUUCUACAACAUGGACAUGAUCAGUGUGAACCAGUAUCUGGAGAACCGGUUCAAUUCUCCACUGAUAAGGAAGAUAAUCUCCGCUUUGACUGUGAUAGAAAUGUGCUUCUUCAUGGGAGUAGUGCUUUACGGCCCGUCACUCGCACUUGGUUCGGUGACAGGUCUUCCAGUGUGGCUUUCCAUCCUGGUCAACGGAAGCGUUUGCGCCUUCUACACGGCAGUGGGAGGCAUCAAAGCUGUCGUUUGGACGGACGUCGUGCAGAUGCUGUUGAUGAUUUUCGGUCUGCUGAUCGUCCUCAUUCAGGGCUUCAUGACUAUCGGUGAGCCCAGUGAAGUUUUCGACGCAGUCAACAAAGAGGGGCUACUAGAGUUUUUUGACAUGAGCUUGAACUUUCAGAAAACGUUCACCUUCUGGAGCGUCGUUGGCGGGACCGCGGUCUCGUGGAUCGCGGCAUUCUGCAUGAACCAGGUCAUGGUACAGCGUUACUGCGGUCUUGCAUCAAUGCGCAAGGCACGAACGGCACUGUACAUCAAUAUGCUGGGAGUCUCUCUUGUACUGACGAUUUCAUCUAUAUGCGGCCUGUUGCUCUUCGCGCUGUACCACCGAUGUGACCCAGUCAAGGCAUCCGUGAUUGCCAAGUAUGACCAGCUGAUGCCGUACUUUGUGAUGGAGACCUUGGGUCACCGGCCAGGCAUCACGGGGCUCUUUGUCACGGCAGUUUACAGUGGAUCGCUCAGCACGUUGUCGUCUGGGUACAACGCCUUGGCCGCCAUCAUAUGGGAAGACUUCAUAAAGCACAUGGUGAAACUCUCUCCCACAGGUGCCAUGUGGGCAACGAAGGCAAUCGCUGCUGGUUUUGGUGUCAUAGCGGUGGCCCUGGCGUUUCUAUCCGGGAGCCUCCCUUCUAUCUUAACGGCCGCUUUUGUCUUGACUGGAUCAAUUAAAGGCGCCACUGCAGCGAUAUUCAUCCUCGGCCUCCUACUUCCUUGGUGCGGAAGCACGAUCGCUAUGUCGUCCAUGUUUACGGGCUUAGGGUUGGCCUUUUGGGUGGCUGUCGGACGCCUGCUGUACCCUGCCAAGCCCACUGGCGCCCGCACCACUCUGGAGGAGUGCACGUUAAACUACACCGCCAUUGUUCCUGCUCAGCGGAGCUACUACUCAGGAGGAAUAUACGACUUGUACAACGUGUCCUACAUGUGGAUUCCGGUCAUCAGCUUCGUAGUCACGCUUUUGGUAGCCAUCGCUCUCACGGUUAUUUUUUGCUUCAAGAAGACAGCCGAUGUAGAUCCGAGCUUGAUAGCGCCAUGCAUGAGGAAAAUAUACCUGAAGACAAGGACCAGCGGGAAGCAGGAGUCAGCUAAGGAACAGAAGCCGGUGCCGAUGAAGACUGAGGAGAAAUCUGACGGCAAACAGGUGGAGUUUAGCUUUAUCAGCGGCAGCGGAAACGGUUACGUGAAUCACGUCAUGACAAAUGACAACGGCGUUGAACGAACAGACAUUUAGUUGCAAGAAAGAACCAAUGCGGCAAACUUGCAGACUUGGUAGAUGUACACCAGUUUAUGCGCCCGGGAUUUUUCAUGCCAAGGACUGUCACUAUUACACAUUGUAGAGUAGUGUAGAUAUAAAUGCAGUAUAUACAAGAAGGAAUCUAAUACCAUCGAAAAGGGUGAAGUAUUCAUCACAAGAAGAACAAGUUGAGGUGCCCCUACUUCGCGCGAGCAAUAGUUUCGUACCCAUAAUUCAGCGCCAUUUCGUCAUGACUAUUUGGGCGCUGCAUUGUUGCAUUUAGCGUGCAGGCAUAAAUGCGGUUCAGUGUUGCGUGAAUCAACGUUCCAUGAAUCAGUAUUUUUCCUUCCUAUUUCACAGAGUAAUCGAGUAUUGACAAGCCGAUAGCAGUAUCUUUUCGACAGCAUGCCUAUAUUAGUCGAGGAUGUGUUUGUUGCUCUUUGUUUUGAUUUGGACUCAUCGUGUUCUAUGUCUAUGUCUAUUUCUAUGUUUAUAUCUAUGUCUAUGUCUAUAUCUGUGUCAAUAUCCGUGUCUAUAUCUAUGUCUAUGUCAUUGUAUAUUUGACGGAUUGAUUUCUUUUUUGCAUAAAUUUACAAUAACUGAAAAUCCACACUUCAUCAGAAUACGAAGACCUGAAAUUGUUGAAUGAAUGAAAGGAUGUUGAGAGAAAAGCAAAUGAUUGCCACGUGUGUAUACAAGCCCUUUCUUUGACGUUGUGGAGGGCUCAUGGUCGCACAGCAGCAGCACCCUCUCCCAACUUUUACCAUCGCUGAAGUAUUAUCUCGUCGUGUGCGGGAAAGAGAAGUAGCGCGUGGGUUCGCAACCGAGCUGUUGAGGUCGGAUGAUGACGAAAAUAAAGUUGGUCGUUGUUUGGUCCUCAGGGACGCACUA